CCGGUGGGCGGGUUGAAGAAGGACAGGCAAGCUCAGGAACAACGGGACGUAGAAUCUGGAGGCGAAGAGAAGUGAUGGCGCACAGACUGUGCACAAUGCUGCUGCAGGCGCUGCUGGUCACCGUCGUAUCGUGUAAUGCGCCACCAGUCCCGUUAGAAGACAUCGUGAUCGAGAAGACCUUCACUCCUCCCUCGUGUGACAGGGCGGUAAGAUCCGGAGACUUUGUCAGGUACCAUUACCUGGGAUCAUUCCCGGACGGAAAGAAGUUCGAUUCCAGCUAUGACAGGGGCUCCACAUACAAUGUGUUUGUUGGUAAGAAGCAGCUCAUUGAAGGCAUGGACAAGGCUCUGCUGGACAUGUGUGUCAAUGAGAGACGUCUUGUGAAAAUUCCUCCCAAGUUGGCAUAUGGUGAAGAAGGAUAUGGUGAUGUGAUCCCACCAAAUUCUAUUCUACAUUUUGAUGUUCUCCUCCUUGACAUUUGGAACCCAGAAGACAAAGUACAAAUCAAGACAUACUACCUGCCCGAGGGUUGUACUCGCACAGUCCAGGUCUCUGACUUUGUCCGUUACCAUUACAAUGGUACCCUGCUGGAUGGCACUCUCUUUGACUCCAGCCAUAAUCGCAUGCGCACCUAUGACACAUAUGUGGGAAUUGGCUGGCUGAUCGCAGGCAUGGACCAGGGGCUGCUGGGAAUGUGCGUGGGAGAGAAACGUAUCAUCACAAUGCCACCUUCACUGGGAUAUGGGGAGAAUGGAGAUGGCAGCGAUAUUCCUGGGCAAGCCUCUUUGGUUUUUGAUGUACAUUUAAUCGACUUUCAUAAUCCCAAAGACAGUAUUGCUGUGGAAAUGGUCUAUGUCCCUGAAUCCUGUAAACGGAAGAGCAAGGCUGGAGAUUUUGUGCGUUACCACUACAAUGGGACAUUACAGGAUGGAACUUUUUUUGAUUCCAGCCACUCAAGGAACCGCACCUAUGACACAUAUAUUGGAAAGGGAUAUGUUAUCGCUGGGAUGGAUGAAGGCCUGCUGGGUGUCUGCAUAGGUGAACGGAGAAAGAUUACUAUCCCACCACACCUUGCAUAUGGAGAAGAGGGCACAGGUACAAAGAUCCCAGGCUCUGCUGUUCUAGUGUUUGAUAUCCACGUGAUUGACUUCCACAACCCAUCUGACACAGUGGACAUUCAAACUGUGUACAAGCCUCCAGACUGCAGCAUCCUGAGCAAGAAAGGGGACUUCAUUAAAUAUCACUAUAACGCCACACUGAUGGAUGGGACUUUGCUUGAUUCAACGUAUACGUAUGGAAAGACGUACAACGUUGUUUUGGGCUCUGGACAGGUGGUCAUCGGAAUGGACCUGGGCCUGAGGGACAUGUGUGUGGGUGAAAAGAGAAAAGUCAUAAUCCCACCACACCUGGGUUAUGGCGAGCAAGGCGUGGAUGGGGAGGUCCCAGGAAGUGCUGUGCUGGUGUUUGACAUUGAAAUAAUUGAGAUGGACCCUGGGCUUCCUGAGGGCUACAUGUUUGUGUGGAACAGUGAUGUUUCUCCCAAUGUAUUUGCUGAAAUGGAUAAGAACUCUGAUGGACAAGUGGACUCCGUAGAGUUCUCUAUUUAUAUCCACCAUCAGGUGGCAACAGGAAAUGGAAAACUGGCCCCAGGUUUCAGUGCCACUUCCAUCAUCGAUACUAUGUUCUCAAACCAGGAUCGCAAUGCUGAUGGCAAAAUCACACAUGAAGAGUUCAAACUUAAGGAUCAGGAGGAGAGGCAUGACGAGCUAUAGGCCAGAGGGACUACAGAGGUGAGGUCAGGGUUCAGAAGCUGAGGCAGCAACACUUGGAUUUUGACAGUUUGGUGUAAAUAUUGAAGAACUGGAUUCCAUUCACAAUUUUGCACUGCUUUACAUCUGCAGUUUGCGUCUUCAAGGAUGGCAGCUUACUUUUUUCAGACAGACAUUUGACUCUGCCUACGAGCAGCAGGAAGAGGCCAUGGCCUCCCGGAAUGAUAGAAUUUGAAAGUCAAGCUCCCAGGAAGCCUUUAUCUGUUGUCAAUUUAAUGCAACUUUAUGGCUUUGUGCUGUUUACUGCCCUGGCCCUGUAACCCAUGGUCCAAAUUGAUUGAUUGAGCCAUUUCUGGUAUGAGGUGGCUGGUGUCUGCACUGAUCCAGACCAUGCAGAAAAGAAGUCCAUUUGUUUACCUUUACGUAUGCUGUGGUCUGGUAGAAUGUGAGGCAGCCUGUCUGUGAUUUUAUUUUAUUUUAUUUUUUUACAGUUCACUAUACCUCACAUUGGAAUCACUGAUCAAUCCCAGUGCCUUACUAGUGUAACAUCACCUUUGCCAAUACAAUAAAGUUGGCCUCUGAUAAUCACA